GACACCUAAAGCUCCUUUAGACGUAGAAGAGUUCGUUUGCACUUAUCAUAAAUUGAUUGAUUUACACACAAAAGAAAAUGAGCCGGUAAUUGGAUAUUGUUGUUUGAUUUUGACAGAGGACUCCAAUGAGAAUCUAUCACCCAAGUACAGUAGGAGCAGUGAAAACUAUGGACAUAAAAAUGUUACAAUGUUAGCAGUUUUGUGAAUGAUGAUGGACUCCACAAUGGCAGAGAACAGCUGCCAACUGAGUGAUGAGAAGUUUAUAGGCAAUAACAUAUUGCAGCAAGAUGAAAGCCUUGAUUCUUACCUGGAUGGUCAGUCAGUAUCUGCAACCCCAGCUGGGAGUUUGAAGAGUGGAGGUCUUGCAGAGCUAGAGGAAGAGGGAGACACUAGUUCCAAGUUCAGUUUCAGUGGUUCAGAUGAGCAGGACUUGUCUGACAUUAUAUCAGAUAGGAACAUAAUGGAUGACAAUUCUAAUAGUAACAUCAACACAGCUCAGAAUAGCAAUGAAGACAGCAGUAAUGGUGCAGGAGAGAAUGAGGAUUCAAGUGAUGAUGAUGAUGAUGAUGAUGAUGAUGAUGCAGAAGUUAGUGAGGAAUCAGAUCAGUCUGAUGGGGAAAAAGAUGAUGAAGAAGACGAAGAAGAUGAUGAUGGUGGGGACAAUGAGGGCAAUGAAAAUGAUGAUGAUCAGCAGGGUGAUAAAGAAGUAAAAAAUGAAGGAGAAAUGGAAGUUGAUAAAGAAGAAUUACCGACACCAGUUGUAAAAGCAGAAGCUGAAAUUGAUGCCAGUAAAACUUCUUUAACCUCACCAACGGAGGCAGCACAGGAGCCUUCCCAAGAUCAACACCAAGAUGUGGAUGAGAAAAAGUCAUUAGGAAGUGGCAAAAAAACGAUCAAAUACUACGCAGGAUGGAUCAAAGAAGAAGAAAAGAAAGGUUACCAAAGAUAGAAACAGAAAAACAAAAAGAAAACGUCACAAUCAAAGAAGUCAGGGAAGAAGAAGAAAUCUUCACAUGAAAGAAAGAACAUCAGAGAAAUCCUGAAAGAAGAUGAACUGGAAUCUGAAACGGUUGCUGCCCAAGCUGCAGAAUUAGAAAGACGAAAGAGAUUAAUGGAUCUUAAAGGUGUGCAAAGGGAGACCAGGCAAUCAGAGAGUGAAGAACCAUGUGGUCUGCCUGAGAAGGACUCAGAAUUAAGAUCUCUGUUGCAAGCUGCUGAAGCUGAGGUGUGUGCUACUUCCAAUGAUGAUAUUAUCUUAAUGGAGACUGAAGAUGAGAAGAUAAAAAUGGCUCCUAAACCACCCCCACCCCCAGUUCCGCAUGAUGUGAUCACCCUGAGCAGUGAUGAUGAAGAGGAGGAAAUAGUUGGACGGGUUGGAAGUCAGGGCUCAACAGCAGCACGGACAGAGGAGGACUACGAUGAUGAAGAUCUGUGUGGUACUCAGGAGGAGGAGGAGGAGGAUUCCACUGACGACCCCAAUGACAGUGGGUUCCAUAUCAAUGAUCAGGAGAACCAGCCAGAUGCGCAGGGUCGUGUUCUAGUCAAUGUGAAACACCCAAGUGAAGAUCCUGAUGUGUUUCUGGCUCCUCAGAUAGCUCGAGUAAUCAAGCCCCACCAGAUCGGUGGCAUUCGGUUUCUUUAUGACAAUUUGGUAGAGUCUUUAUCCAGAUUCAAAUCAAGUGCAGGGUUUGGCUGUAUUCUGGCUCAUAGUAUGGGCCUUGGUAAAACUAUUCAGUUGGUAGCUUUCAUUGAUGUCUUCUUGAGGGAGACAACUGCAAAGACUGUACUGUGCAUUGUGCCUAUAAACACAUUACAGAACUGGAUGUCAGAGUUUAAUAUGUGGCUGCCAUCACCUGGGUCAGAGAAUUUAAGAAAGGGUGAUCGGCCAAGAAUGCAGAAAGUGUACUUGUUAAAUGACAGUCACAAGACCAUGUCCGCCAGGGCUAGUGUAAUAGAAAACUGGUGUGUCACUGGAGGUGUGUUACUGAUGGGCUACGAAAUGUACAGGCUUCUUUGCUCACGAAAAAACCCAAUUUAUCAGAAACCAAAGAGGCCCAAAAAAUGUGCAAAGCCAGAAAUCAUAGACCUUGAGGAGGAGGAUAGGAACAAAAUGUUGCUUGUUGACAUUCAGUCGGCCUUGGUGCGCCCUGGUCCUGACCUGGUUGUGUGUGACGAGGGACACAGGAUUAAAAACAGUCAUGCUGGGAUUUCACAGUCUUUGAAAAAUAUCAGGACAAAGAGAAGAGUUGUACUGACGGGAUAUCCACUUCAGAACAACCUUUUGGAAUACUGGUGUAUGGUGGACUUUGUGCGUCCAAACUAUCUUGGGUCUAAGACGGAAUUCUGCAAUAUGUUUGAGAGGCCCAUAAUGAAUGGCCAGUGUGUUGACAGUACGAUUAAGGACAUCAAGAUUAUGAGGUACAGAGCCCAUGUUCUUCAUAGUCUGCUAGAGGGCUUUGUGCAAAGGCGUGGCCACACUGUACUCCGAUACAACCUUCCACCGAAACAAGAGUUUGUGUUCCUUGUUAAACUGUCACCUAUCCAACGAGCUGUGUAUAAACAGUUCAUGGAGUGCAUUGAGAGUGGAACUAUGUCCUCCUGGGAAACAACAAAUCCUUUGAAGGCCUUUUCAGUCUGUUGUAAGAUUUGGAAUCACCCUGAUGUCCUUCACAAAGUUCUUGCCCAGAAGCGCAUGAGUGCUGCUGAUGACAACGAUCUGGACAUUGACACAGAGUCAAAAGCAAAUGGAGAGGCUGGAAAAUCCAAGAAGAAGAAACGGGUUAAUAAUCUACCUUCGGAUGAAAGUUAUGGAGAGAAAAAUGUCAUAUCAUAUGACUGGGCUGAACCAGUCAUGAAAGACUACCGGGAAGGUCUGUUGGAAAGUGGUGGGAAAAUGGUGCUGCUUUUUGAGAUUCUACAGAAGAGUUUGUCACUAGGAGAAAAGAUGCUUGUUUUCAGUCAGAGCCUUUUCACAUUGAACAUCAUUGAAGAGUUCCUGAGCAAACAGAAAGUUGACAGGCCAAACCUUGAUGAGUACUGGUGCAGGAAUAAGAACUAUUUUCGGUUGGAUGGCGCCACAGCUGGGACUGACAGGGAAAAGCUGAUAAACCAGUUCAAUGCGCCUGAUAAUGACAGAGUUUGGCUGUUCCUGCUGUCGACCAGAGCUGGCUCUUUAGGCAUAAAUUUGAUUGGAGCUAACCGAGUGGUUGUCAUGGAUGCAUCAUGGAACCCAUGCCACGACUGCCAAGCUGUGUGUCGUGUGUAUCGCUAUGGGCAGCAGAAGAACUGUUAUGUUUACCGCUUUGUGAGCGAGAACACAUUGGAGAAAAAAAUCUACGAACGACAGAUUAAUAAGCAAGGCAUGUCUGACCGAGUUGUGGAUGAAUUGAAUCCAGAGAACAAUUUCACCAGAGGACAAGUAGAAUCUCUCCUUCAUUAUGAGGACAAAGAUUUUCCUGCCCCAGAUUUGUCCAAUGCUGAUGAAAUGUUUGAUGAUGAUGUCCUUCUCCAUACAUUGAAGAAACACAACAACUGGGUUACACAGCUGCCAUUCACCCAUGAAUCUCUGUUGAUUGACAAGAAGGAACUGAGACUCUCCAAGCAGGAGAAGAGGCUGGCAAAACAAAGUUAUGCUAUGGAAAAGAAGCUGAAUGUGUCCUACUCACGGCCUUCAUAUGCUGCUUAUUACCCAAAAUAUGCACCAGGAGGGCGCUUCACUCCAAGAGGAGCAAGCCCAAAACAUGGACGUCCCAUUGCCAGUGUUAAGCCAAUCAUGUCCACUCCUGUACCAGUGCAGUCCCACCCUGUCCUUGGCCCAAGUGGUCAGUCCACUUUCCCAUUGCAGCAGCUUGUCCGGCCAGGUGUGUCUGUUCACCAGGUCAUUACAACCACAGAUAUUGUUUUACCUGGGUCCAACACAGCCUCCAAUGCACGACCUGUUAAUAGAAUUGCAGCUGGACAGAAUGUGCUUGUCAUAAAAACUACUAAAGGUGUGUACAUACGAACAAGUGACGGGAAGAUUUUCGCUGUGAGAUCUCGCGCAGAUCAACAGAGCAUUCAGAGUGAGAUCUCAAACCAAACAACCUCAUCGAAUAUACAUAUGACCACUCCAACUACAACAAACAGUAUGGCUGGAAAUAUCAACCCCCUGGUAGGCAUGGCCAAGCAGGUUGAAAGAACUCUUCAGAAAAGAGGUGACCCUUCAGCAUCAAAGAACUGUGAUCUGUUGGCAAAUAUAUAUGCACAGACAAAGACAGUCAACAGUCUUCUAAACAAACCCCUUGAGCCAGACAACACAGCUGAAACAAAGUCUAAAGAGACUCCAGUGAGCACUACACCCUCCAUCCAGCUACAAAGGAGUGUCCCUAAAGUUGUACCCACUGUCACAGCAACUCUGAGUAACAAACUAGCAGGGGUAAAAACGUACAGGAAAGAACAGGAAAGUUCUCCAAAAACAUCGACUUCAAGUUCUGCUCUAAUAGACAGCCUGUUUGACUCUGAAUCUGAGUCUGAAUCUGAGUCUGUGGGUAAAACUCCAGGAGAUGUUCAGUCGUUCGAAACAAACAUGAACACAAGCAAAAAUUUUAAAAUGGUGGCACCCUUCGAACCUAACGUAUCAAAGGAAGCAGUUACCAAUGGCAACCAGCUUUGGCCUUUGAAGUCUUUUGAAAGUGACUCUCAAGCUAGAGGUGGAACUGAGAAUAAUACAAGGGCAAAUAAUCAAAUGGGUACUCACAUUUCACAGCCGUCAACAACAAUGAUUAAUAGUUAUCCCAUUAGGAGAUUUGAGUCAGAUUGGUCGUCUGGGUUGACUAGUUCACCAUCUGAUGUGUCGAGAGAGAGCCGUGACCUUGACUUUGAUUCAAGGACAAUGGGAGAUGUUGACAAAGUGUUGCGAGUGUCCCCGCAACGCCCAGCCAGCGAUUUUCUCAGUGAUAGUCAAGAUUCUCAGUCAAGUGAACGAAGUCAGGAUCUGAGUUCAUCGUCGUUCAACAUGCCAAGUUUUGACUCCUUACAGAACUACAAUUCAUCACCUUACCCACCUAUCACAUCAUCUGUUCCAUACAACGUCCCAUUAACUUCUUCCAUGAUGAUGCCUAGUAUACCAGACUUCUCUAGUUUCCCAUCCAUGUCCAAUUACCCUGUCCAGCGAGGCUAUGGCCAAUACCCAAUCCCUAGCUACCCUUACCAUAUGUCCCACCCAAUGCUUCUCCCUCAACCAAAUAUGGAUGUCCCAAGUGACUACCUCCGGUACUCUCGACCAAUUUCUCAGCACACGGUGAACAUGGACACGUUGUCGGGGUCAAAUGUGCUGAGCAUGCCCCCAUAUCGUGGUUCUCCCAUCACAGACAUGCUGCCGAUCCCACCAUCUCGUCAUAAAUCGUCUGCAUCGUCCACUGGUAAUCUCCCUGUCUCUCAAGACAACUCCAUGCUCUGAAGAAGUAUAUUCCUUGUCAUCUUUCUUCAGUCGUAAAUCUGCCCUGUAUAACAUUGGCAUUGGUGUGUGUUCAAAACUUUUUCCCAGUCACAAGAAUAUUUAUUUUGGAAUACCUGGAAAGUCCUGUGUGAAUGUGUUUUUAGUUAACAAAAGUCCAUGCGUAGUACUUCUCCCUGGCCUGUUUAUAAAAGGUGUAAAAAACUACUGCCAAGCAGUGAACUCCCCAAAACAACCCUAUCCAUUUCUGUAUACGUGUCGAUUCAUUAAUUUCUGUCACUCACGAUUGAGCUAAUGUUGAGAUGAAUUGUGUAUCAUCCCAUGUAGUGAUAUGAAGCAGCCCUUUGAUUUUUUUAUCUUCAUUUUUUAGUUAUAUCUUACUCAGAAAUGAGAAACUUUACCUUGUAUCAAAACAAAAUGCUGGUUUGCAUCAUUCCAUGGAGAAUUCUGGAAUGGUACUUUUGUUUAAUGGCAAAGUUUGCUUUGUCAGAUAUUUGCAUGAUCUUGUCAGUUGGCAACACCCAUUAGGCGUAGAGUUCAUCAAAGUGGCAGUGGCUGGUUAAUUAAGUUGAAUCAUGUCAUGUUAAUAGUUUAGGCACAUAUGAAAGAUCAAGUAGAUGUAACUCUACGUGCAAACAAUGAUUCUUUAUGGUAGAAAAGAUCAAGCCAGAUGUCCUAAAGAUUAGAAAAGUAGUACUGUCUUUUGAACAUGUUGGGAGGUUGUUCAUUGUGAAUGGUAAAAUGAAGAGUACAUGUUAAAUCAGGAUAAACUGGAUUAUGAUGAGUGAAAUCAUAAAAACACUUGUGUGAGCUAAGACAUCGAAUACACAUAUUAUCAUUUCAAAAUGAAAGGGAGUAAGGAGUAACAUUUAUAUGUAGUUUGUUAUAAAUUCGUGUCAUGCCUGCAGUCAACUUUCAUAUGUCAUCUAUUAAGUAAAAACAACUUCUUUAGGCUGGUACAUGUAUAUCUUUUUUCAAGGUACCAGUACUGUACAUAAACUAUGUUAAAUGCAUAUAUCUUCAGAAUAGUGAUGGCAUUAAUAGUUUCUGUAGGGGGCUUGAUUGCAGAUAAAAAGAUUUUCUCACAUUUCAUUAUAUCACUAGGUUCAUUGUGUGUCAAAGCUUUUAGAUGCGUACAUUAACUUGUUCUCAGGAGUGCUUUAUUAAUUUAUUUAACAUGUGGUUGAUCUUACAUAAAUUGCACAAUUUGGAUAGGUGAUAUAAUUAUAAACUGCUUAUCUGUAUGUUUAUUCUUUUAAAAAAUGUUUACAUGUGUAUGCUUGUUGAUGAGAAUUUUGAUGUGCCAUUUUCUCAUUUUUCUGUGUUUCAUGUAUUAUAUUGAUAUGAAACUAGCUGUACUUAUGUACAUCACGUUAGGAUCAGUUAUUAAUUUGAUUAACAAUUCACAAUGAUUUCAAAUCAUUCUGACCAUAUGGGAGCUUAACAGGAAUCUGGCAACUUUUUAUAUUAAGUUAUUACUCGUUAAUAAGAAAUAUGAAGAAUCAAAUAACAUACUUUUUUUUUUUUGCUAGGUAUUUAUUUUUACUAUGGUAACACUUCUGUUAUUGUGAGGAUAGAUGCUGCAUGAAACCUGGUGACAACUUAGUUUUGCCAUUUUGGCAAUAUGACAAAGGUAUACACCAGGUGUUUACUGUCAGCUGUUACAGGUACAUGUGAUCUCAGUGUUUCUGCCCGAAUAAAACUAUUUCAUGACAAGAUUUGAUGAAAGAAUUCAUAUAUCUGACAACUUUAGUUCCUGUAAUCUUGAGUCUACAGGCACGUCAGCUGUGUGAAGCAAUUUCAGUAUUGGAGAAGGUAGCAGGCUUGAUAAUUAUAGGAGUCCUAUUUAACCAUUGUGCUUGUUUAUUUUUUGUGCCAUUUUAUUUGUGUUGUGUUUUUCUAAAAUUUUGAUUGUGUGUUCUUGUUGGAAACCUGAAGCUUAAAGGAUGUCAGUAGCACAUCUAAAAUCUUUUUCUUUCUCGUUUUUGUUUAAUAAUAUCUGAUAUUAAAAUUUAACAUUGGACUGUUAUCUGACACAUGCAAAGGUUUUUAGAAACCCACAUCUAAACAGUACAUACAUGCUUCAUUAUACAGUGUUUUAACUGUCCUGCAUUUUGGCAUAGGCAGACCUUGGGGGUAAACAUAAGGUUUGUACAUGUAGAUCCCUAGACAUACUGGGUAUUGCAUUGUGAUGAAAAUAUGUUAUUGAUACGUAUGGUAUUGGUCAUUAUGUAAAUUUGUUAAAGCAAGAUUAGCCCCCAAGUUCAUCCAGUUUGCUUAAAUACUUGUUUUAGGCUCUUGGUUUUACUGCUUGUAAAUUGCUGAGAUGUAUAUUUAUUGUGUGAUACAUAAUGUGUAGUAUGAUUUACACUGUUAUUAUGAGAAAUUCUUUAUCCAUUGUAGUUUAACCCCCAUUGUAGCUAGGUCAAAACAGAUAUGUCCAAUUUGUCUUUUGUACAUGUAAAAUGGUUUUAGCUUUAUGCUAAAAUCAUCUGUGUUGUUUCAGUACAAGUACACCAUUGUAUAUUAAACUAAAUAAAUACAUGCAUAUUACAACUUCUUAGUAGUUAAUCCAAUUGCUAUUUGUACCAGCACUGUAAAGGAUGCUGUUGAGAUUAUGUGCAGUGCAUAGAAAUAGGAAAAAAGUUUAUUGGUCCUGGUUUUUUCUCGGGCCUUACGUGGGAAUGUGGCUCAGCCACCUGAGGAUGGUUGUGAGUUUCCCCCAGCACAAUGCUGGCCACCGUCAUAAAAGUGAAAUAUUCUUGAGUACAGCAUAAAACACCAAUCAGUCAAAUUUAAUGUAGACCUACGUGU